GCGGUAGUCAUCUGAAUACGAACAUCUGUUCUUUCAUGCGCUAAACUGCAUGGGAGACUAAUCCAGGCAGCGCUGCUGGUUUUCUCAUUUGUUAAGGAACAGAAAGAACUACUUUUAGUUGCACAGUUGUUUCGAUCUUCGAGAUUGACGCUUCAGGGUUCGUUUUGUACGGCAACAAUGAAGACGUUGUACUGUCCAGGCUCAGCGCUGUUGUCAGCGAUCUAUGUUUGCUUGUUUUUUACGAGAGGUCUAGGCGACGUACCGGAUGAGUAUGUUGUCUAUCCUGCCUUAUUGGAUGGCAGGAGCUUGGAUCCUGAUAGAGUCCUACGUAUUGACAACGACAUCGUUCUAAAUUUGAAGCCUGCGUCAGUUCUCACGAAGGAUUUGUCCCUGAGUGUACUCAAAGAUGGCCUUGAGACGGAGCAUAUAAUUGAUGCAAGGAUCAUACAGAGCAAUCUGUACAAGGACUCGACGCAAGGGGCUUCCAUCGUUAUGCGAGAAGACAGUAAUGGCCUCGAAGUGAAAGGUAUUGUCAACCGACACUACGCUAUUAGACCUUCGCAAGUGCAAGGUCGUUCAUCACAUGGUCCGAGAGAACAUAUUCUGUUUAAGCUUGCGGAGCCAGGUAAAGAAGGAACAAGGGAAAUGGGAG